CAUUGCUGGUGGAGCGCUCCUUCUCCCUUUCUCUAUUUCUGCACUCUGGAUUGUACCACUUCCUCAAAGCCUGCGUCGCGGCGGCGUCCCAAUUCCAUUCUCGCAUUCCUUUGCGCAGCGUAUUUUUUUAUUUUAUUCUUUAUUUCGAAAUAGUUUGUGAGGUUUUACAUUGCGGAGCAGGUAGAUUGUAGUCGGUGUUGCAAAGGGGAGGAGGAUUUGUGCCGAGAGCUGCAUAUGGGAGCAGGACGAUACAAGUAGAGAGAAAGUUGCAUUGCUGGUGAGCAUCGGACAAUGUGGGGCGGUCAGGGAACAUUGCAGGCUCCUCACUUGUCAGCUGCCACAGGAUUGCGUCUCUCCUCUCCUGCGUCAAGGCGGGUCGAGCGAGUGCACACGCGAGUCGGACGAGUGGUGCCGGGCAAUGGCCAUUUCUUAGUUGUUGAAUGCAAGGAUGAGGGUAUCAGGGCGACCGAUGCAGCUGAGGGUGUGAAGGGUCCUUCGACCAAGAAGCGGGGGACAUUUAAUUCUGCAUCUCCAGCUCAAGCUCCAGCUUCCACUCCCACUCAGCUUCUCCAUCCCGUUUCCGUAACAAUUCCAGUCGGCAACCGGGAGAUAGUAGUGGAGACUGGUCUAAUUGGAAGGCAAGCCAAUGGUGCAGUCACAGUUACUGAUGGUGAAACGGUGCUCUACACGACUGUAUGUUCGUCGAGCGAUCCAAGCGAACCAUCAGAUUUCGUCCCCCUCUCUGUUCAAUAUCAGGAACGCUUCUCAGCAGCUGGUCGAACCAGUGGCGGCUUCGUGAAGAGGGAAGGAAGGGUCCGCGAUCAUGAGGUUCUGGUGUGCCGAUUGAUAGACAGGCCAAUACGUCCUAUGAUCGCCCAUGGAUUUCAUUAUGAAACUCAAGUGCUUGUUUGGGUUCUCAGCUAUGAUGGCGUGCAUUCUCCUGACCCUUUGGCUAUCACGUCAGCUGGAGCAGCCUUGGCGGUAUCGGAUAUUCCCAUGUCAAAGCCAGUAGCUGGCGUACGUGUGGGUCUUGUAAAUGGUGAAUUUAUAGUGAACCCAACGGUUGGCGAGAUGGAGAAUUCAACCCUGGAUCUAGUGAUAGCGGGAACAGCCGAUGCGACGCUCAUGAUCGAGGGUUACUGUGACUUUUUGACUGAAGAGGAGUUAAUGAAGGCCGUUGAAGUUGGUCAUGAUGCCGUACGAGCAAUCUGUGCUGGACUGCAGAAAUUAGCGGAUAUGGUUGGUAAAGAAAAAAACUUCGAUGCAAUCCAAUUACCUCCGCCGCUAAUCAAGGAUUAUAUAGAGGAACUUGUUGGAACGGAAUUAGAGAAAGCAUUGCAAAUUGGUGUUAAGCAGAAGCGAGCUGCAGCAAUCAAGGAGAUCGAAGAAAAGUUAUUAGGUGCAUUGACUGAGGAGGGGGUCCGCAAACAGCAAGCUGUCGUAGCAGCAGCUGAAGCCAAUGUUCCUGAAGAGGUACAGGUUGGCACGUGGGAGGAAGAAGAGGAUUUGGUGGAAGAUGGCUUAGUAGACGAGAGCGAUAUCCAUGUGACAUCCGUCCCUAGAAAACUAGUAAUGGAGCUUUUCGACCCUGUUGACGUGAAGCGAGUUUACAAGGAAGUUUGUUCUGAAGUACUGCGGAGGCUUAUUGUAAAGACGGGUGUAAGAAGUGAUGGUCGGGCGGUUACUGAUGUUCGACCUAUUCAAAGUAUGUGUAGUCUUCUUCCACGAACUCACGGCAGUGCCCUCUUCACUCGAGGGGAAACUCAGGCAUUGGUAGUGACAACUUUGGGUGGCGACAGUAUGGGACAGCGUAUUGAUAAUCUUACCAGUACGGAAGACCUCAAACGCUUUUAUUUACAAUAUUCAUUUCCUCCAUCUUCUGUAGGAGAAGUGAGAAGGCUUGGUGCACCCAGUAGGCGGGAACUUGGACAUGGAACACUUGCAGAGCGGGCAUUGGAACCCAUUAUUCCAGAUGAAGAAAGUUUCCCAUAUACUAUUCGAGUAGAGAGUACUAUCACCGAGAGCAAUGGCUCAUCUAGUAUGGCUUCAGUCUGUGGAGGUUGCCUGGCUAUGCUGGAUGCGGGUGUUCCGCUUAAAUCGCCUGUAGCUGGAAUAGCCAUGGGUUUGAUUUUGAACACUAGAGACUGUGGAGGGGAUGGAGAGCCACUCAUAUUGAGUGAUAUACUAGGAUCAGAAGAUGCAUUAGGUGAUAUGGAUUUCAAGGUUGCUGGGAAUGAAUCUGGAAUCACGGCUUUUCAAAUGGAUAUCAAGGUAGAGGGCAUUACAAUUCCUGUAAUGAGAAAGGCGUUGGAUCAAGCCAAGGCAGGCCGCCUUCAUAUUCUUGGUGAAAUGACAAAGAGCAUGCCUCCUCCAGCUCAGAAGGUGUCAACACAUGCACCGCUAAUCACAAUGUUCAAGGUAGAUUCUGACAAGAUAAGCAUAGUAGUUGGUCCUGGAGGAAAGACAAUAAGAGGCAUCAUUGAGUCCUCCGGGGUUGAGGCAGUGGAUGUUACUGAUGAUGGCUCUGUUAGGAUUGUAGGGCGAUCUCCCCAGGGCGUGGAGGCUGCCAAGGCCAAGAUUCAAGGUUUGACAAUGGUCCCCAAAGUGGGUACUAUAUAUAGGAAUUGUAAGGUGAAGGGUGUUACCACAUUUGGAUGUUUUGUAGAGAUAGCUCCAGGGAAAGAGGGUCUGUGUCAUAUUAGCGAAUUGAGCACCAAGAAGUUGGCAAGAGUUGAAGAUUUUGUGAAUGAAGGAGAUUUCUUAGAUGUUAAGCUGAUUGAGAUUAAUGCAAGGGGUCAGCUACGACUGAGUCAUCGUGCAUGCUCUGAGGUCAUAUCUCCGCAGGGCACGAAAAGUAAACCAGAGCUUGCAGGUGUGAGCAAGGAAAAUGUCUAAUAGUUUUAAUCAUAUAUUUUGCUGAACACGUUUUUUCUGUUGUACACACCUGGUAAUUUGGCUGAACAUUAUCGUUCAAUAAAUUGCUUAGACGUCUCUCCCUGAUUGACACCACAAUUUUAUCAGUAAGAUAAUUAUCUAGUCUGAACUUCCAAAAUUAUUGCCGUUUCGUUACACAGACCCUUGUGUUGAUCCAAAUAAGGUUACUUCUCUUGGGUCAUAUUCCUUCAACAUUUCUUUGCUUUUCAUUUAUACAAGUUUUAAAGCCAUGUGAACAGAAAAAGCUCUUGCUAUAUUUAAGAUUCAAUUGAUACAUGUCAAGCAGAAUGAAUCUAGCGGAGCUCAAUCAUUGAAUCCAAACUUUUGUUGUGUA